AUAAGAGAAUGGCGGAGAGGGAGGGGCUUGUACCCUGCUGUGAUUGGGUAACGUGACCGUCCAUCGCGCAGUGCUCGCCAAAGCUAUAAGAUCUUUGGUGCUCGCGCCGCCGCGGCGGUUGACGCUUGCGCGUGGUGACGCUUGCUUGCGCGUGGUGACGCUGCGGUGCGGAGCUCGAGGGGCCGAGGCCGCCAUGGUCAGCCGGCCCGCAGCCUUUUAGUAUGAGGUUCGCGUCCCCCCUCUGGCCGCACUGUGGUGAGAGGCAGCCUGCUGUUUCCUAUAUCAGUCUCGCUGUGUUCGCGGAAGAGGUGGCUCGGUGAAGAUGGCGGAUAUGGGCCCGGUUCUGGGCCAGUACGGCUGGUACCUUUCCCAAGAAGGAAUUGAAGCCUGUACUAGUUUGUCCACCAAGCCUGAUAUAAAAGAUAUCAUUCGUAUUGCACUAAAUAGCGAUUUAAGAGCCAUUGGGAAAAAAUUCCUUCCAAAUGAAAUCAACAGUGGACGAAUGGAACAGCUGGAAGGUCCAUGUGUCUUACAAAUACAGAAGAUCAGGAACAUCUCUGCCCCAAAAGAUCACGCGGAAUCUCAAGCUGCACCAAGAAUGUUGCGAGUGCAGUUUACAGAUGGACAUGUAAAUUGUAUAGGUGUAGAGUUCAGCCAUCUGUCAAAAAUCAGCCUGAACACCCCACCUGGAACAAAAGUAAAGUUACUUGGAACUAUUAAAAUAAGAAAUGGAUUUCUUUUGUUGCAUGACAUCAACAUUGUUGUCCUUGGUGGUGAUGUGGAUCAGCUAAUUGAAAAAUGGAAGUUGCAGCGGAGUUUGGCAAAGUACAAUAGAAGUAAUAUUGGAGCUGAAGGUGGACCACCUCCUUUCGUCCCUUUUGGGCAGAAAUGUAUGACUCGUGAUCUAGUUGAUAGCAGAGAUCUUGAUAAAAGGAAAACGCUUCAAGUUGUUAGCGCAAAUAAAACUGGAGGUGAUGAUGAAUUUGAAAAACAAAGAACUGCUGCGAUUGCUGAAAUUAGCAAGAAUAAAGAGGCGAAGACAUUUGGUGGAGGGAACAAUGCCAGAAGCAAUCUGAACUCAAGUACUGUAAACAACAGGAACAAGGAUACCUUCCAGAGGUACAAAGAGGAAAGGAGUACAAGAAUGGAUGGGAAACAUGAAGGAGUGUAUCGAGAAUUGGUUGAUGAGCGAGCUUUACACGACAUAAUUGAAAUGGGUUUCAGCAAGGAGGAAGCAAGGCAAGCUCUUAUGGAGCACAGCAAUAGUUUGGAAAAUGCAUUAAAUUUUCUUCUCAACAGCGUCAAACCACAACCUCCUGUGUAUAAUCCUAUUAGAGGAAAAGGAAGAGGUAGAGGGAGAUCAAGAUCAGAAGAUGAUGAUGAUGAUCUAACUGGUGGCAGACCAUCUGCACCAAGCACAUUGUUUGACUUCUUAGAAUCAAAGAUGAGUUCCUUGACGGUUGAAGAUUCAAAAAUGCAAGGUUCAUACUCAGGUGCUGAUAAAGAUAUACCUGUGAAAAGCUUUCAGCAGAAAAAUACACCCUGGAAUAAUGAUCGACCGCAAAAACACGACAGACCACCUCGUUUUCAAAGGGAGAAUAUACUAGCGAGGCAAGCUUCUGAAAACUCUAGCCUACAGAAGGGCAGAGGUCCUGACAGGCAGUCUUCUUCUGGAUGCGGCCACUGGGUGGAUGAUGGCAGAAGAGGUGGCAGGCAUUAUGCUGGGCAUGGACAAGUAGUUCGCUUGGAUAAUGAGCCAGCUAGAAAGGGUAAAGGAGAGAACUCAACAAAUACAUUUGGACAAAUUCCAAGUUCAAUUGAAUUUAAAGAUGGCCAGAUUCAAAAAGAUAAACAGGAAAACAACACACAACAGCGAGGAAAAUUUGAAAACCAGCGACACAAUUAUAGCCUUUACAAUGAGCGGAAAACUAUGGAACUUUCUCAAAUAAUAGAAGGUGGAAUCUCUAGAAAUGUGAAUAGUGAAAAGGAUUUAAAUUUUCAUGUCGAUGACAACUACAAUGCACAAAUUGUUGGAGCAUAUAGCACAUCUAAUGGACAAACAGAUCCCUUUUUGAGAAAAAGAACAGGACCGAUAAAAUCUGCAGAAUCUGUCCAGUCAAAGCCUGCUGAAUAUUCGCCGAGCGAUAAUGGAAUUUAUGAUUCGGUGUCAAAGAAAAGAACUGGACCAAUUAAGCGAGAAAGAGCAUGGGAAAAACCUUAUGAAAUUGAGAACCCUGCUUCAGUACUGUCAAGUAAAACACAGUUUAGUGAUUGGAGACCAGGGGAUCAAUGCUUAGCUCUCUACUGGGAAGAUAACAAGUUUUAUCGUGCCGUCAUCAAGGCACUUCAUCCUUCUGGAGUGACAGCAGUUGUUGUGUUCAGGGGCUAUGGAAACUAUGAGGAAGUACUUCUAAGUAAUAUUAAACCACUUCAGGAAGAUUUCUGGAAUGCCCCAAUGGAGUGAAGGAUCCCUAGUCCUCGACCAUAUCGAAGUGUGCACCGACGAUUGCAGCCCUUAAGAGAUGAUCCAAUUUUACAUCACAGCUUGAAUGCUCUUUAAAAAAAAAAAUAACUUCAAUCUUAAACAGUGGAAAAAAUGUAUUAAAAUGUAUUUCUGCAAUAAAAGUUUUAUACAUUUUGUCACAAA